AUGUCCCUAAACCACGCUCAGCUCUCCAAGAAAGUACUUUCACCGCAAAAGUCUCAAAUUCCGGUCGCCAUUGAAGAACCAGCUCUUGCUCUUAACAGCUUCGACUUGGGAUCCAUAGGAUCUUCCGAUUUGAGCGACACAGAGUUUCUUGGCACCAAUGGGAAUAUGAAAGAUACAACCCCGAAAGUUGGAGAAAACGAAUGCUCUUUUGGUUCCAGCAAUGCUCCAAACUUCACUCCGCAAGCCCCAUCUAAACCAAACAUUGCCAGCGCUAGUACUACCGAAUUGAGUCGCAGAGUUCUGCAAGGUCUAUCUGCGAACAUGCAUCCCAGUCCCAUCUCAGUUUCCAGUCCAGUUGCUGAUGUUUGGCGACACAAUAAUGCCGUUUCCGGAACAGGAAUUCAACAACCCAAGGCAAAGAUCCAAGAGCGUCCCCGUCCUGAUUCAUGCGUUUUCGUCGGGAACCUGAGGGUGAGUCUCAGUGAUGACUCUAUCUCCGUUAUGUUAUCGAAUACUUUUGCAGCCUAUGGCACGGUGGUUUUUGUAAAAGUUCUUCGUGAUUCACGGCUCAGCCCUUAUGCGUUUGUACAGUACGAACAGAAGGCUGAAGCACUUCGCGCUAUCAAGUACUGUAAUGGUUUAGUUGUCUCUGGUAAAGCCAUUCGUUGUGAAAAGGCAAAUGUCAACAGGACAAUCCUCAUCGGCCCGCCUCCCAGUAACCACGAUUGGGAAGCUAGCACUGUCGAAAAGAUUUGCCAGAAAUAUGGCCCCAUUGAAGCAAUCACUCCAGGAAUGGCUGAGCACCAGUACUGGUUCGUUAGAUUUGUUUACCGUGAGGAUGCCGUCAGAGCAUUCACAACAUUACGGAUGGCUGAAAACUGCACCUUGGACUGGGUUCAGAAUCUCGCUGAUGAGGCGGCUUUUAUCACUUCAUCAAAGAUUUCCUCUAUUGUGGUAGCCCCACUCCCCAUAUCGGUAACUGAAGAUGUCAUUAUUGACAAAUUCUCUAGACACGGCCUGAUUGAAAAUGUCAAGCUGUUUGCGGGUGAAAACGGCGAUAACUGUGCUCUGAUCCAGUAUCAUUCUUCUGAAGAGGCUGUGGUCGCAAUUGAGUGUGCUUGCCAUACAGUGUUUUUGGGAAGAACAAUAAGGGCUAAAAUUGUAAACCCCAAAAGACUGUUGUCUCCUCGUUUCGCAAUCCCGCCGGUGAAGGUUCCAGGAAAGUACUCACUUGUGCCCAGCUCUGGAACUCAGCGCCCAAACUAUAGUCACCGUGGAAAGUCUCUGGAACCCAAAAUGUAUACCCGAAUCCAUUGA